UGGCUGUUGUGUAAAAACAUCAGCAACACAAAUACACACGCGCAAAGCUAAAGUUUUAAAAAGUUGAUUUAUAAUAUUAAAAAAUGUUAAUAUACGAUGUUUCGGACAAAGAUAAAGUGAUAAAUUCAAUCACAAGUCAAUUACGUAAUUUAGGAAUAAAAUCACGUAUUAAAAGACAUGUCAAAAAAAAUGAUAAUGAUGAUAAACAGUGUGAGAAAUUAAAAAAAGUUUUCAAUGUGCCGUUGCAGAAUCAACCGUUGGAUGUUGUACAAUUGUCGUCUGGAGCAAUUGUACAAGUACCGAUAUUUGUAAAACAUGCUAUUGUUUUUAUUGAAAAACAUGUUAAUCAAGAAGGUUUAUUUAGAAAAGCUGGAUCCCAAGCCCGGCAAAAAGAAUUGAUAUCAAGAUUAGAUAAUGGAAAUGAAUUAGGAGAAAAAUAUCAUCCACUUGAUGUUGCUAAUUGUCUUAAAAAAUAUUUCCGCGAUCUUCCAGAGCCAAUUAUUCCAUAUGAUUACCAUGAGAUAUUUAUACGAUGUGUUAUGUUAAAAUGCUCCAAAGUUGAAGCAAUACUCAUGGCUUGUAUGUUAUUGCCGUCUCUUCAUUUAAAUACUCUAGCUUUUUUUAUGGAUUUUUUAAAAAAUGUAUCACAGCAUGAGUGCGAUAACAAAAUGUCUAGUGAUAACUUGGCUAAAGUAAUUGGACCGAAUAUUAUGCCCUUACGUGAAACAACGAUGACUGCUAUGCAAACAAGACUUGAAGCCCAUCUUUUUAUUGUCAAGAUUUUAAUUGAGAAUGCUCGAUGCAUUGGUGUUUUACCAAAGAAUUUAAUUGAUGAACAUCAGAAAGAAAGUUAUUGUAUGGAUAUUGAUAUUGAUCGUACUAUUGAAGAUCGUUUGAAGGAAAAGAAAAAGAAACAUCGGAGUGGAAGUCUUACUCGAAUGCUAAAUGGACUAAAAAAAAUAGUUGGCAAGAAUGGAUCGCCUGAGGCUAUUGGUCCGUCGAGUGGAAACCAUUUGAAAGCUUUGACUCAUGAAUCGUCUCAAAUUUCGCCCAACAAAGCUGGGAAAAAACGACGAAACGCUGAAGGAGUAUCCGCGCAGGCAGUGAAUAUGAAAAAAAAACGAAACUCGCUGGACGGUGAUAUGAAUGCUGCGGCUUCGAUGCCACAAUUGAUUGUCACUUCACCGAGAGAUAGGAAAUCAAUUGAUAAACAUUCAGCGCAAAAAUCAUCUAAAGUACGUAAAUAUUUGUCUCAUGGUACGAGCGUGGGAAGUCACAAUAACCAGAAACAUGAAAAGUCUAAGAAAUUAGGAAUAAGUCUCGAUCGUUUUGUGUCGCGGAGUAAGCAAAAAAUUAACGAGCUCGAAGUAACAAAAGAAGAAAAAAGUCCUGGUAGUUCUCCAAUUGAACGACGUUGGAGUGCUUCCAGUGAGGCCUCUUCAAAGAAAAGUAUGAAAAAACGUCGAUUACAAAAUUGGAGUGCUUCGUCGUUAAUGACUUCUCCUUCAGUAGCAAAAAGACAAAAUGAACGUAUUGCAAGAGCUACAAUUACCUCCGAUCAAUAUGAAGAUGUAUUUAGAGACGCAGAUGUUAAUUUAUCUGACGAAAAUGGAGAACGUGAUGACAUUGAUCCAACAUGUCAACGACGUAGAUCUCAACGUUUAUUAAAUUUAAAUAAAAGUAAUGAAUUAUCUGCAUUUAAUUAUUGCGAAGAUAAAUCAUCUGGUGAAUUAGUAACGUACAGUAAAGAUGAAUCGUCUGAAGAAUAUGUUAAAAUACCUAAAAGAGAGUAUGAAGAGAUUAAAAAUCGAGUAUCAGCAAUUGAAUCACGUAUUUCACAAGAGUUUGGUAUUGAUGGUAUUGAUCACGGUGGUAAUAAAAGAUUAUCGACAAAUUCUGUAACAGAUGUGCAGAAUGAGUAUGAAAAAACACUUGAAGAAGCUAGUAUUGAAAGUAUCGUAUCAGCUGAUCAUUUAGCCAGACGUUUGUCUAAAGAAUUAAAAAUACGUAGAAGUGCCGAGCAUAAAGUUAUAAGAUCACCGAGUGCUCGGAGAAUCAGUAGCUUACGAAGACGUUCCCAAGAAAAACCAAUUACCGGACGUAGACGACUGAGUCAUAAUUCAUCAUCUUGGCAGGUUUCGGAAAAAAUGCAAACAAAAAAGUUAACUACUGAAACAUCUGAGAAUGACAAUGAUGAUGUCACUUCAUUCUGCAGUGAUGAAACAAAUGCACGUUUGAUGUAUCUGCAAAAACAAUUAAGUACACUGAUUAGCCAUACAGCUGAACAUACUGGUUCUAUUCUCAGUGAUGAUGAAGCAUCAUUAAAUAUUAUGAAUAUGCCUAAAUCAUCAAUAGCUAAUGUACGCCGAGCGUCUUCAUUUCAUGGUAAUGAACUUAUUAAUGAGAACAUUCAAUUAAAUAGUCGGAUUGAUAAACUAAAAAAGACAAGUAGUCAACGUAAUAUUACACGCGAUGAAGAACAAAGUAAGUACUGCAGUGAUUCACGUAUGUUUGAAAUAGUCACAGAGAAAAAAAUAUCAUGGAAAAAUGCAAGUGUAUAUUUCGAAUGCGAAACUCCAGCGAGAACAACUGCACCGGCUGUUCAAACAGCACGAGCUUCAAUAGCCAAACUGCGUACUCAGAAUGCAGGAAUGGUGUUGGCUAAAGCUAGACUAUUUGAUCUCAAUGAGAACAAAAGUACUCAAGAAUCUUUAAUAGAACGACAGAGGAGGAAUAUUAAUGGACAGCGUGAACUAAAAGAUAAUAAUAAAUCAGUGCCAGUAGAAAAUAUUCGUAAAAAAAAAUGCAAGAGUCCAAAGAGUAAUGGAACACGACCAAAAUUAUCAAAAUCUCCAAGUGAAAUAAUGAUUACUCCAAACAGUAGUCGUCAGUCAUUAGAUAAACGUUCAAUUCGCCGUCACAGUUUAUUGUCGAACCAAGAAAACAAACAGACAGUUCAAGUUGACGAACAAUUUUUAUCCCCAAGUACAAGGAGAGAAAGUAAUCGUGGUUUAAAUUCAGCAAGUCGAUACAACACUACGUCUAUGAAUACAGCGAGUGUAAAGACCGAACACGAUUUAGUUAAUCGCGCUGGUGAGUUUGUAGAUGUGAGUACUAUAAAUACCCCUCAUAUAAAAAAACCACUUUCAACAAAAACACCAAAAAGCGCACGGUCCCUGGUACGAAGACCGGCUAUCGAUUCUCGAAGGACGCCGCUGAAAGCCGUGCCACCGUCUUCUGGAACGCCAAAACGUCAGAGCCCGCGAUAUACUUUAAAGACACGACAAUUAUCUCGACAUGCCAAUUAAUAAAUUAUACCUUUCGACAUUACAAUAUUAUAUUUUUACCAGUUUUAUAAUUAAUUAAUUAAAUAGAUUGAUCUCAUGAAUGAUCACCUUAAUUAUUUAUAUUGAUAAAUGAAUGAAUUUUUUUUAUAUAUAUUAUUAUAAAUUAUUAAAAAUAUUAGUAAUAAAAAUAAUUUUACAAACAAACAAAUUUAUUACUAGUAAUAAGUAUAUGUUUUUAAUUGUUAUAGCAGUUUAUUUUCAUUUUUUUUUUAAAUUUUCAAAGUACAUAGGCAUUUUGUAUUUCAUUCUUUAUUUAUUUAUUA